CGCCGCCCUAUUUACCUCCGUUUACCUCUAUCAUCACCGAUCGUCUCCGCAUCCGCAUCCUCGAUAAUCUCAUCGGACAUUUAUUCAGAUCGCUGCACCCCCUCCACCACGUGAACGCCUCUUCCUGCAUAGUAUUCCUACCUCUCGUAACCAUUCGCAGCCAUGAGUGGCGUGCGUGCCCACCUCGCGAAUCGCCUGCGCAGUUCCUCCCUCUCUGCAGUCCCUCCACGUGAGGGUUCCAACGACUACAAACCAGAUCUUGCCCGGGCUGCCGCCAGCAUUCUUUUCCGUUCACCCAUUCCUUCCAAAGAACAUAGACCAAUCUACAUUCUCAAUGCCGCUGCGCUGCCAGACACUCGCGAAUCCGACUUCGACCAGCUCCUCCCCUAUGUGCUCGCCCGCCUCCCCGAAGAAGACGACUUGCUGCGGGGAUAUGAAUACGAAGUCGUUUUCUUUGCCGGUGAUUCAGAUGGCUCAGUAACGAACAAGAAGAACAGACCUGGCUGGGGUUGGUUCUUGCAGGCCUAUCAUGUGCUCUCGAGAGCAAUGCGGAAGCGGCUUCAAAAACUGUACAUUGUGCAUGAGAAAGCCUGGGUUAGGAUUCUCACGGAAGUUUUCUCCACCAUUGUUAGCCCAAAGUUCCGCAGAAAGAUUAUUCAUGCAUCAACACUCAGCAAUCUCGCAUUCCAACUGCCUAUUGAGGAUCUCUUGAUUCCACCCUCGACUUAUCUAUAUGAUCGCCGCGUCGCCGACGAUGUCUUUGCUCCCUUUGCGACCGGUCGGCGGGCAUUCGUUGCACGCCAACCGCUUCCUAACAGCGUCAAUGGCAAGACUCGUCUUCCCCGCGUUCUGCGAGAGACCUCAACUUUCAUUCUCAUGGAGGAGAACAUCAAAUCCGAGGGGCUGUUCAGAGUUCCCGCACAUGCCAAGCUGAGGGAUGUCUUGAAGGAGGCUUAUAACAGGGGACAGAAGUACAUCGUUUUCAAAGAUAACGGAGUUACUCUGCCAGUGCCUCCAUAUCCAAAUGCAGAGCAUCAAGACGAGAUCAUAAUGGAGAUUGAUCCCCGGGAUGCAUACUCGGUUUUUAUGGCUGCCGCACUAGUGAAGGCAUGGUAUGCGGACCUUCGCCAGCCCAUAUUUACGCAGGCAACAUACCGCGAUCUCAAGCGAUUGUAUGGAGAUCCAGAUGAUCUCCCAGAUCAGCAAAAGCUUACGGACUUGUUAUCUCCCUCUUCCGAAUGGUCGUUCCUGCCUUCAAUAUCUCGUGAGAUUCUUACCAGGCAUCUCCUGCCACUUCUCAGCAGGGUCGCUGCCCGAAAAGAGGACAACAAGAUGACCCCUGAGAAUCUAGCUGUCUGCCUCGCACCGGCACUACUAUGCGGACCCGAUCAGUUGGAAGAUGCGAAGAUGUCGUCGAUUGUACGACGGAUUCUGACAGUGGCGAUCGAGCUAUGGGGUGAGGGCCUCUGCGAGGCCUGUGGUGUCAAGGCGAGUGCUUUUGAAGAAGAGCUCCGCCUGCCUGCCGAUGUCAGGGACUGGGAUGACCCUGUUGAAGGUAAAGCAAAUCGUGCAGAAAGAGACCCAGACGAUGAGAACCAAGUAACUGGUAUAAUUCUUCAGGACAACGAGGACGGCGAUGCUCUGCCACCCCCCUUGCCUCCGCGAUCUACGCCAUCGCAGCCCAAGUCGGCGUCCGGGCAAUCUUCCAGUGAGGCAAUCACAAGACGCAAACCCGCACCUCCCCUUCAGGUACCUCCUAGAUAUUCCACCAUAGUUACAGACAGCCCCACGAACGUUGCGGAAUCGCCCGCCAGCUACGCAGCAGUGACCGAUGGCUUCGCUCCAACACGUCCAACAGAAUGGAGUUCACCUGAGGAUAAGAAAACUGGUACGAACAGCGUUGGCGAUUCUCAUGCUCCUCAAAUCGUGCUACCUAAGAGAAAAGCCCUGACAGCAGAGCAGGUUGACAAUGCUGAAACAUCCGGUGUUGUGCAGGCACAAGCUCGCAAAGCCUCUGAUGGCGGGAUUGCACUUCCUGGAUUGGCCAAUCUCAACAUCGCCGGUGGGCCGCCAAAACGGAAACCAGUCUCAUCAACAAGGACCUCACUUGAUGGCAAGUCAUCACAGGCAGGGUCCGAGGACGGCUCACCCACGACAAUUGUUUCUGCGGGGGCUUUACCUGAAAAGCCUGUACCCAUGCCCGAAUUCCGCCGGCCCAGCCUACCAGCAUCAGCAACCAGAACUCCCAAUAUCACGUCCCUUGCAAGACCCAUCUUCCAGCCUGUCAACCCCAUCACCAAUCGCCCUGCUUCCAAGUCAACCUCGCUCCCAGUACCGGGACCAGGACCAAAACCAAGGACGCCUUCCCCAGGAUUACUCCAGAGGAUGCCAUCAUUUGAGGUGUCCAACCGAAAACAGUCACUUGCACCCCCGACAGCACCGCGCAAGCUCAAUCUGAAGAAGGCAUCCGUGGAUGAUCUCCGCAGGCUUUAUGAAGAACGAGCGGGCACGGCACAGACACUGGUAGAGGCUGGAAAGCGUAGGUAAUGCUAUGUGUGGUAUAGACCAUCACGAAAGGUUGAAUUUCAUCUUCACAUCAUCUUUCCUUUCCACUCCCGAAGUCCUUAUAUUGUUCACCAUGUACGGAAUCCAUAUUGUACUUUAUAAUUAGCGAAAUACCCCGUUCAAAUCGUCAUAAGAAAUAAAUUUAUGAACACCUUCA